UUGCAGUUGCACCAUCCUUCGUCAGGGAUUGCUGGAUGCCGCGGUAUUCAUGCUGUACGUGAUGAGGCCUACAUCGAGCUAGAGCGCACGACCAAGGACGGUAUUGAUCGCUCCAGCCUGCCGCCAGUGGCCAUCAGGCAGGGGAGCUGCUCGUGCUGUCCAGUCAAGCAGGCUGACCGAAUCGUGAGGCUCACCAUGAUAUUUCCCUCUUCCGCCUGGUCCUUCCGGCCGGCCUCAUGCGCUGAAAGGGCCUUUGUCUUUUCUCCGGCCGCCGUUCGCUGCGAACCCAUGGCUCCUCAGGUCCCAGCUCUGGCGCAGAGUGAUUCCAAAUCUAGAUUCCAGGGGCGACUCGGGAUGUCGACCAAGAACCCGAGAGACAAGCGCGUAUACGCUGCCAUGAAGGUACUACCAGUAUCGCACAGACCCGGGACCACACCUUCACCUUGCUGACGCUCUCCCGUAGCGAGAAGCUACAAAGGGAAGGAAACGUCUCAUAGACCGCUAUGAUCCGUCUGUGUCCAGGCGCGCUCUUGAAAAGCUUCUUCUCAUAAUGUGCUAGGGACGCUACUAUCAGCGAGACCGAUAUGCAUGGAGAGAUUCUGCGGAUAUAUGAGCAAGCGAGCCCACAGACCAAGCCUACCUACGACCUUGGUCGCGACCAGGAUGGAAUCGAAGAGGAGAACUGGAUCGUAUGCGUGGUCACUCCCUGAAAAUGGCCGAGUAACCACUGAUCGUGCCAUAGAUAAGAUGGAUGCUCUGGCAUGCAUUCCGAUAUCGAGGUGAAAGGCCCACAGCAUCAUGAUUGAACAUCUUGACGCGACUGCUAACUUUUCAACCUUCGAUCGUCUAGACCAACGCAACAACAGGAUUCGUAACCAAGCGUCUUCAACUGUAGGUGAUCUUGUUCGGGGUGACGAUUCCGAGAAUGGCUUUUCCAGUCCAAAUUCCGUCUCGAAGGAAAUGGGAGGCUCGGCAACUGCAGCAGGUAAUGAGGGUACGGCGGCAAGACCAGAAUCGCCCGAGUGCUGACAUCUGCUUGUAGAAUGCUUGACUGCUCCUCGAGAUCGCUUCUACGAUCCUGUUCGGGACUCGACAUAG